AUGGAUAAUCAAACUUUAACAAAUAAUAAUAAUUUAUUAGGAAGUGACAGAUUUUGCUUAAAAUGUAAAACUAACUCAACUCCUUUAUGGAGAAGGGGCCCAGACAAAUGUAUUUUGUGUAAUGCUUGUGGGAUCCAGUACAAAAAACUGUUGAAAAUUUUCAAUGAAAACAAUUAUGGUUGUGAACAUCAAAUCAAUAUAAACCCAUUUUCACUGAUACUUUCGGUAUUCAUGGGAGGAGUAUAUUAUACAAUUCCAGAUCUAAAAUUUAUCUUAAUAGCUCUUUUUAGUUUCCCAGUAGUCAAGGAUAAUACAUUUACCUUUAGCUAUAAAGGAUUCACGUUUAGUACCGAUGAAAAAACUUUUUUGAAAUACCACUGCUCAAAUUGCCCCCAAAAUAAUUAA